GCGUUGUUUUCAUGUCCAAGAAUCGAAGCAACAAUGGCGUCUCCUUGCUGCUGGGGCCCUUCUGGCGGACUUGGCGAACUGUCAUGGAGGGACACGGCGGGGCAGGCAGCCGUCCGACUUAUGAUGGAACUCAGCAUGUUGAAGGGACGACUCCAAGAACAGGAGGGGAGGACCAGGAAUGCGGAAGAAAGAGCAGCUGUUGCAGAGAAAGAGCGCGAAGCACACCGGAAGACGCUUCAGCAGCUCCAAGCUGCAGAGAAGGAGAACGAGACCCUGCUGAACGUUAUUCAGAAGCAUAGCGAGAUAAUCCAAAGGGUAAAGCACAAGGAACAAGAGCUGGACACCGAAGCAGGCGGGAUCAAGGUCGCUCUUAAGAGUGCACAGAGUGAGAAUGUGGAGCUGCGAAGAGAGAUGGCGAGAGUGACGAGGGAGAAGAACGAAGCGGAGCACCUGGCAGGGCAGAUCGCCGAUGCCCUCGACGCUGAGCUCAGCAAGGGGCACAGCUACGACGAGGACGUGGCGGCGGUGGAGGCGCGGUUGCGCGAAGCGCAGGCCGCACAGGAACAGCUGGCGCAGGAGAAGCAGGACUUGCAGCGAGCGUGUAGCCGCAUGACGCGGGACCUCAAGGCUGCAAAGGAGAGAGUAGAGGAGGCCGCCGUCAAGGAGCGUUCCGCUUCGAUCAAGCUCGGCAAGGCGGCAGUCGAGGCGAGCCAGAUCCGGAAACAGCUGGACGCCCAAGCGAACCGGAACAAGGAGCUGCUGUCCGAAAACGGACGGUUACAAGAGGAGGUGCGCCUGCUGCGGGCUACACUGGCACAAAGGGAAGUCCUGAUUCGAGACUUGAGAGAAGGCGUCGACACCAGCGCAUCUGCGGAGGCGGAGAUGAAGACCCUAGAAAUCAGGCGGUCGCCUUCCGCGAGCAGUCUACCUGGCAAAGGCACGCCCCGCACGCCGUCCGGAGAGCGCUCCUCGACGAGGAUCUCAAUGAAGAAGCUGGGCGAUGGUAGCGGGUUUGUCGACAAGCGUUGCACCGACGGCCAGCUUUCUGCGCGUUCCGUUGAGCCCGGGUUUGAGAGCGGAAAAGUUGAGCUGAGCCGGAUCCCCGUUGCGGCAGCUGGCUAGCGACGGUCACCCGGGGGAACGAAACGAAAUGACAAUACGAAAGCUUGAGAGGGCGCCUACGAUCGAUAAGGCGGGGAGAACUGAGCUGUUUCGUGUAUAGGAUGACCGGCCUGUCUAAUUUGCAGUGCAGCCGGCUAGGUGCAGUAGGUGGCAAAUAUACUAAUGUGCUCCUAUAUAUAAACUAUAGGUCUAAGUGGCAAGGGCGAUCCUCGAAGAGAUGCAGUGACGUCAUGGAGGCAGUACUGCACACUUGAUAAGAUUCACCGGCAUGCCCAUCACACAUUGACCGCUUUUACAAAAACUGAGCCGUUGCGACUGGCGAGUUGCGUCAGUGCUUGCUUCACCGGUACUAACUCCUGGAAAG